CUAACUUAAGCCCCUCAUGCCGACUAACGAGUUGAAGUUACCUGUUGAGCUGUGGCUCCUCGUUUUCGCUUUCGGCAAAUUCUCCUCUAAUGACCUAGCUGUACUCUGCAGAGUGUGCGCCGGCCUCUAUCACGCAGUAGUUGACUCUCUGUAUGAGUCUAUCACGGUCGACAACCCGGACGUGUGUACCACGCUCGCAGAGUGUCCCCAUCUCGCAGAGAAAGUCAAAUCUUUCGUAUUUACAUAUCCGACAAUAAUGGUCUACGACGGUCCCGAGGUGAACAUAGAUAAUCUCACGUCGGCCCUCAAAAAUAUGACUUGCCUCUCAACACUCAAGCUUAUCUAUUCCCAAAAGCAUGGAUACUCGUCCGUCCUUCAGUACUGUGAUGCCGAGCUUCAUGUUUUUCAUUGUACCUACCGUGUCAACCGCCGACUUCUAAGCUUUUUGAAUAGGCAGGAUAGCAUCCGUGAUCUUGCUCUCACUGGCAUGCCCACACACGAUAUCUAUCCCGAAAGCGAGGAGAUGUUUCUUCCUAUGUCUCUGCCACUUCUAACAGAAAUCUCUGCCAACUCUUGUUUUUUAAAAGCCCUUGUACCUGGACGCCCAGUUCACACUGUGCGUUUCAAAGGCCAACAUGUACACGACAGUGGGACGCGGCUCAGCGACUUCAUCGACCCCUCCACAGUACCUGUCAAAAAUUUGGGACUUGAUUUCAUGAUUUGGCUGCCGGCAGAAAUAUGCUGCACACCACUUUCCAAGGACAUUGAGGAAAUUACGCUGACAGGUCUGGUUACUCAGCGCCUAAUCGGACUGCUUCGGAAUCCCUUUAUGGAGGCAGUAUUUUAAUCGCAUGAUAGCAGACGCACGGAAUUUAAAAAGGCUUACGUUCUGGUUCGAGGGAAAACGCGAAGACACUCGUCCAUGGGCU